UGCAAUCCCUAGCCCCUAUGGAUGUUCUGCAAACCCUUCUAGAACUCUCAGUUCUUUAUGACCUCAGCAAGGAUUCCGAACCACUCCUAGCCUGCAGUGAGGUCACGCCAUCACUACAAACAGCCUCCAGCCUGCCUCCUGGAGCUAUUUACUCCCUCCCAGCACCAUGGUCAGCAUCAAAGUUACCAAGCAGAUGGUCCCUACACCUAGCAUGGGAUGGGGAGGUAUGAGCUGGAAGGACCCCUUUGUCACAGUCACUUUCCCCAGCAAAGUAAUCUUCACCAGUGCCUCCCUCCUGCUGCUGCUGGUUCACAUGGGUAUCUUCGGAGGAGACCUCUACCACUUCACUGUGACCCAGGAGUUCGAUCUCAUGAGCUUUCAUGGCACCACAGUACUACUGGUAUCCCAUGUGAUGAGCUUUUACUGGGCCUUGCUUGGAACAUUUUACACUUUGGAGGCCAAUGACAAGGUUCUCAGGGGGUUUGCCCUGACCUCACUGGUGAUGAACUUCGCCCUCUUCGUGGGCCGCUUCUGCCUGGACUACCUGACUAUCGAAUACAGGGAGGAGUUUUACUGA